ACUCUUUGGUGUCUGGUGUCAAUAAUUCAAACCAAAAUGGGUUUGGGUAGUAAUUUAAUUAAUUUUAAGACAUACAAAAUACUUAAAAUGCCAGCAUUUACUACUAGAUUUCUCUCAAAAAUAGCAGAGUCUAACCAGGACUCACUAAAUUACUGUGCAAAUUUAGUAAGGCAGCACGAUUAUGAAAAUUUUUUGGCCACACUGCUCCUGACAAAGGCUGUAAGAUCUCCGACGCUUGUAGUCAGAGCCUUCAAUGUAGAAGUAGCUCGUAUACAAGAUCAAACCACCGAUUCUCAGACAGCAGCUUUCAGAUUGCAGUUCUGGAAUGAUACACUUAAACUACUCUAUAAAAAUGAUCAAACUUUAAAAAAUAUUCCAGCAAACCCCAUAGCACAAGAGCUGUUUAAGGUGUGUAACUCUUGCAAACUCCCAAAAAGAUAUUUAGAAAGAUUAAUUGCAGCGAGAGGAAACAUAUUGAAAUCAAAACACUUUCAAAGCUUGGAAGAUUUAGAGAAAUAUGCCGAAGAUUCAGUUAGUUCCAUCUACUACCUCAUUCUUAGUAUUUCUGACGUUACCAAUGUACAUGCUGACCAUGCCGCUUCACAUUUGGGAAAGGCACAAGGAAUUGUAAACAUACUUAGAUCAGUACAUGUUGCUAGUUAUCAUAAAACGGUAACCUUACCGAUGAAUACAUUAAUGAAAUAUGGGAUCAGCCAAGAAAACGUUUUGAGAGGUAUCGACAAUGAGAAUAUGAGAAAUGUUGCAUUUGAAAUAGCCACCAGAGCUAACAGUCAUUUAGAAAAGGCUCGGGCAAUUGAUGUACCAAAAAAAACAAAGCAAAUAUUUUUACCUGCAGUAGCAGUAAACGCGUACUUGAAAAAACUACAAAAAUGUAAUUUCAACUUAUAUGACAAAUCUUUACAAUUGGGUAACUCUACUCUGCCACUAAAUCUAUAUUACAAUAGAUUAAUGAAUAAAUAUUAAGUAGGUACAUACCUAGACCAAAUUUUGUCAGCAAUAGUUAAUACAAUACCUCAUUCAUUAUAUUAUUUAUUAUAAUGGC